CGCUUGGUGGCUCCUUGUUCUCCUAUGCAUGACCACGGCAGGGCUAGCUGCUGCUGCCACCGCCUUUUCUGUCCACACCAUGCACGCCGGUCGCAUACGAGACGAUCCACAGAAGCGCACGGAGCUGAUGCAAGAGGUGAUGACAGAGGCUGUGCCUGAGUACGCUCCCACGCAUCGGUAUGCGGCUAUCUGCCUCGAGUCACACGACCGGGUCCGUGACAUGGUCAACACACCAAACGGCUGGGAGCCAUUCCAUGAGGCCAAUGACGUGGUUAUUCUCCGCAAGACCGUCGAUGGCUCGCCGUUGCAGCAGGUCAAGGGGACCGGGAUGAUCAACGCGCCGCCGAGGGCGAUCGCCGAGGUCGUUCGUGACAUCUCGCGCAAGGGCGAGUACGACGACAUGCUUGACGACGCAUACACUGUGGAAGAGCUCGACGAGUGGACAAUGCUCAACUACUCGUCGUUCAAGCGAGUGUGGCCAACGACGGCGCGGGACUUCCUGACGCUCCAGCACGAGAAGGAGUACGAGGACGGGACGAUUGUGAUUGCGUUUUUCUCUGUGGACGACGCGGUGUGCGAGCCGAAGAAGUCUCAUGUACGAGCACGGGUGGAGAUUGGCGGGUGGAUUCUCGAGCCUGUGGAGGGCGAGCCGCUGCAGUGCCGAGCGACGUAUGCGGCGCAAGUGGAUCUUGCGGGCUCGCUGCCGGCAUCUGUGGUGAACAAAGCGACGUCCAAGGCACCGAUGUGCAUCGAUGGGCUGCGGUCGGUUGUGGCAAACAUGCCGCUUGAAGACUACGUUUUUACCCCGCCAUCGCCGCCUGUACCGUCUGCGUCAUCAAGCCUCAACGCAGACAAGGUCGACGCGGAUGAUCCUGGAUCGUUGCCGGCGCCAGCAGAGGACCCGAACGACAUGGGGGUUGACUCGGGCUACACACCCACACAUCGGUAUGCGGCUAUCUGCCUCGAGUCACACGACCAGGUCCGUGACAUGGUCAACACACCGAACGGUUGGGAGCCAUUCCAUGAGGCCAAUGACGUGAUUAUUCUCCGCAAGACCGUCGAUGGCUCGCCGUUGCAGCAGGUCAAGGGGACCGGGAUGAUCAACGCGCCGCCGAGGGCGAUCGCCGAGGUCGUUCGUGACAUCUCGCGCAAGGGCGAGUACGACGACAUGCUUGACGACGCAUACACUGUGGAAGAGCUCGACGAGUGGACAAUGCUCAACUACUCGUCGUUCAAGCGAGUGUGGCCAACGACGGCGCGGGACUUCCUGACGCUCCAGCACGAGAAGGAGUACGAGGACGGGACGAUUGUGAUUGCGUUUUUCUCUGUGGACGACGCGGUGUGCGAGCCGAAGAAGUCUCAUGUACGAGCACGGGUGGAGAUUGGCGGGUGGAUUCUCGAGCCCGUGGAGGGCGAGCCGCUGCAGUGCCGAGCGACGUAUGCGGCGCAAGUGGAUCUUGCGGGCUCACUGCCGGCAUCUGUGGUGAACAAAGCGACGUCCAAGGCACCGAUGUGCAUCGAUGGGCUGCGGUCGGUUGUGGCAAACAUGCCGCUUGAAGACUACAGGACCCGAACGACAUGGGGCGUUGACUCGGGCUACACACCCACACAUCGGUAUGCGGCUAUCUGCCUCGAGUCACACGACCAGGUCCGUGACAUGGUCAACACACCAAACGGCUGGGAGCCAUUCCAUGAGGCCAAUGACGUGGUUAUUCUCCGCAAGACCGUCGAUGGCUCGCCGUUGCAGCAGGUCAAGGGGACCGGGAUGAUCAACGCGCCGCCGAGGGCGAUCGCCGAGGUCGUUCGUGACAUCUCGCGCAAGGGCGAGUACGACGACAUGCUUGACGACGCAUACACUGUGGAAGAGCUCGACGAGUGGACAAUGCUCAACUACUCGUCGUUCAAGCGAGUGUGGCCAACGACGGCGCGGGACUUCCUGACGCUCCAGCACGAGAAGGAGUACGAGGACGGGACGAUUGUGAUUGCGUUUUUCUCUGUGGACGACGCGGUGUGCGAGCCGAAGAAGUCUCAUGUACGAGCACGGGUGGAGAUUGGCGGGUGGAUUCUCGAGCCUGUGGAGGGCGAGCCGCUGCAGUGCCGAGCGACGUAUGCGGCGCAAGUGGAUCUUGCGGGCUCGCUGCCGGCAUCUGUGGUGAACAAAGCGACGUCCAAGGCACCGAUGUGCAUCGAUGGGCUGCGGUCGGUUGUGGCAAACAUGCCGCUUGAAGACUACGUCUUUACACCGCCACCACCGCCGGCAGUUGCUAAUACUCCGCCAACUGUGUUGAAGAUCGACGACGACACGGCCAAGGAGGAGGUCGAGCAGGCUGCGGCCAAUAACGAAACCGAGGCCCCGAUACCGGCCUUGCCGGAGCAUUUGGCAGCAAUCCGGCAAACCGGCAUGAUGGCGGCGCUCGAUGUGCAGCACACAGCAGAGAGCAUGGCCGCGGUCACACCAAGCAACUACAAGGAGACCAAGAGUGUGGCCGAAGCCCACGGAUGGUCGUAUGUCAACGACAAGAACGAUGUGGUGACGUUCCGCAAGCGUGUACCAGGCUACUCAAUCCACGCUUUUCUGGGCAAGGGCGUUAUUCCACUGCCUGCGGCAACAAUCUACACUACGCUGUGCAACAUGGCACACCGACUCGAGUAUGACCGGCUGCUGCGCGACUACUCGAUCAUCAACCAGAUCGAUGACCAGACACGGGUUGUGUGGAUGCUGCACGAGGCUAAGGCGUGCUUGCUGACACACGCGCGGGACUUUGUGGUUGUUCUGCACCAAGCUGCGGCGGCGGACGGGAGUUUUGUGGCUGCCGGUCGCUCGAUUACGGUGCCGGAGAAGCCCGAGGACGAGUCGGUGGUCCGCGGUGAGGUUUACGCCUCUGGCUGGCAUCUGAAGCCGCUGGCGGACGAUCCAAGCCAGACGAUGGUGACGUACUUGACGCAGAUCAACGUCGCGUGA